GGUGUGUCCGCCCCCUUCUUCAUUUCCUGAAUCCCGCUCCUCUCAUUCACGUCGGCAAGGGAAUCAAACGCACACUAAUGCCCUGAGAACUGCGAGAUGUCGAGACAAGCUCCUGACCGCUGCGUUCUGACGACAUCCACCAAUGAGCUGAGGGUGUGGGCGGGACCACGAUGAGUGCCGAGCUGCUAUUGGAGGAGACACUCAUCAAGCGUUCGCAACAGAAGAGGCGGACGUCGCCGCUGAACUACAAGGAGAGGCUGUUCGUCCUCACCAAGAACCGGCUGGCGUACUACGAUGGAAAAGCAGAGAAGAAGUUCAGGAGAGGCUCGAUCGAGCUGAGUCGCAUCCGAUGUGCCGAGAUCGUGAAGAACGUCGGAGGAAUCAUCCCCUGCCAGAACAAAUACCCCUUUCAGGUGGUGUACGACACCAACACUCUCUACGUGUUCGCUCCGAGUCACGACAGCAGAAGUCUCUGGGUCCGGAGCCUCAAAGAGGAGAUCAAAGACAACCCCGUGAUCUCGGCCAAGUUUCACCCCCAGCUGUGGCAGGAAGGGGCGUGGCUCUGCUGUCGCCAGGCGGAAAAACAGGCUCCGGGCUGCGAGGAGUACAACCUGUUUGGAGACAUUUCCAGAAAACCUUUACCCCCGAUUCCUGGUGAGGUGUGUAACGAGAGGCAGCGGCGGCCUCCUCCUCCGGUCCCUCAGCCCGCUGAUGCUGCUGAUGAUGAUGAUGAUGAUGAUGAUGAUGAUGAUGAUGGCGAGGAGGAGGAGGAAGUGGUGGUGGCGCUGUACGACUUCCAGGGCACCGAGCCGCACGACCUGAGUCUGGUGAAAGGAGCCGAGUACGUCAUCCUGGAUAAGAGUGACGUCAACUGGUACAAAGCUCGCAACAAGUACAGCGAGGAAGGCUACAUCCCAAGUAACUAUGUAACAGAGAAGAAAUCCGGAAACCUGCAGCAGUUUGUUUGGUACAGUAAACAAGUGAACAGGAACAAAGCAGAGGAGCUCCUGAGGAAAGAGGACAAAGAAGGUGCCUUCAUUGUCAGAGACUCCAGCACCCCAGGAACCUACACCGUGUCUCUCUAUGCCAAGUCCGCCGCCGGGGAGGGAUGUCCCGUUAUAAAACAUUACCACAUCAAGACCAAAGGCUCGCCGCCUCAGUUCUACCUGGCUGAGAAACACCUGUUCAGCUCCAUCCCCGAGCUCAUCGAGUACCACAAACACAACGCCGCAGGUCUGGUUGCCAGGUUACGGUACCCCGUAGGGAAACAUGACAAGUCUGCUCCGUCCACCGCCGGCUUCAGCUACGAGAAGUGGGAGAUCGACCCCAGCGAGCUGACCUUCAUGAAGGAGCUCGGCAGCGGCCAGUUCGGUCUGGUGAGGCUCGGCAAGUGGAGGGCUCAGCACCGAGUGGCCAUCAAGGCCAUCAGAGAGGGGGCCAUGUACGAGGAGGACUUCAUCGAGGAGGCUAAAGUCAUGAUGAGGCUGUCCCACCCUAAGCUGGUGCAGCUGUACGGCGUGUGCAGCCAGCAGAAGCCCAUCUACAUCGUCACGGAGUUCAUGGAGAACGGGUGCCUGCUGGACUUCCUCCGGCAGCGGCGGGGCAGCUUCGGCCCGGGGUCCCUGCUCAGCAUCUGCCUGGACGUCAGCGAGGGCAUGGAGCACCUGGAGGCCAACGGCUUCAUCCACAGGGACCUGGCUGCCAGAAACUGUCUGGUGAACGACUCUCUGGUGGUGAAGGUGUCCGACUUCGGCAUGGCCAGAUACGUGUUGGACGACCAGUACACCAGCUCUUCCGGAGCCAAGUUUCCAGUGAAGUGGUCUCCUCCUGAAGUCUUCAACUUCUGUAGAUACAGCAGCAAGUCGGACGUCUGGUCCUUCGGUGUGUUGAUGUGGGAGGUUUUCACCGAGGGUCGCAUGCCGUUCGAACAGAGUCAGAACCACGAGGUGGUAACCUUGGUUACCCAGGGUCACCGCCUCUACAGGCCCAAAAUGGCCACGCACGCCAUCUAUGACAUCAUGCAGAUCAGCUGGCACGAGAGGCCGGAGGAGCGUCCCUCGUUCUCCCAGCUCUGCCUGAUGAUCUACGACGCUCUGGAGGGCGACGCCCCUCCCCCAAACUGAUCACCCGACCAAUCGGCUGCCUCGGCCGUGUCGGCGCCCAAACCCCGGCCCCGUGGAAACCCGCCGUUCCUUCUCCGGUGUCUUGGCAACGUACAGCACAACGACAUGGAGAACAUGGUGCAACGGUUUCUCACAGCGUCUGGAACGGACCAAUCAGAUGGAGAGAAUGGACCAAUCCCACCAGCUGGAGUCCACUCAUCCACCAAUCACGUUUGCUUAUCCACUCAAGUCACCGGUACAGCUCACAACCCACGAAGCUGCGUCCACUUCACACCCUGCUGCUCGUGUUUUUCGGACACCGGUUCCUGGUUUUGAUGACGAGUCUUAGACAUGAAUGGACGGCGACGUUGAAAACACACGACGAGCUCUUAUCUAACGAAAUAUCAGCUCAUUAAUCUUUAAAACAAUGCCUCUAAGUCGGACAGUAGGCUAAUGGUGACACCCACUGCUAGCACCAGCUGGACCUCCUUCGUCCGUUGUAGAUUUAGUACCGCUUCAGUCAAGUGUGGCUGGUCGUCAUAGUGACAGUGACGCCGCCGGAAACUUCCGUGACCUCCAGACUCUUGGUCUUAAUUAGACGAUUCAGUGAAGACUAAAGAUGUCAAACUUUGUCCAAAUGAAAAAUUUAAUUAAUCUUAAAUCCCCACUUUUUUGUAGAAAUGGGGCAAAAACUGCUCAGUAUCGUACUUGGAUUCUCUCCGACCAAUCAGCGGUCUGCAGUGAUUAGUGAGGAUUCUCUCCGACCAAUCAGCAGUCCACAGUGAAUUGUGAGGAUUCUCUGCGACCAAUCAGAUAACAGAAGGACAUCAAGCCACAAAUACACAAUAUGAAGGACUCGGCUGU